CAUUUUUUGCGACGUCGCCUGGGAAGUACGUCAAUAUUUAGAUGUUUUCCGGUUUGGUUUUGUUGUAUUCGACAGCAAGUAACGUUAGAGACAAGGUGACAAAAAUGAAUACGGAUAACCUGGAAAUGCGUCUCCGGGGACUUGAAAGCCAUAUUUAUGGCGAUAGAAGAAACAAAAGUGGAAAACCUGUCAAGUGUGCAGAGUCUUUGAUCAGGAUUCAGGCGGGUCUGACCAACAUGGCCAAUAAGAGAGAACGAGUAAAGAUUCUUCACAAGAAGAUUGAGGAUCUUCUGAAGUACCUGGACCCCCAGUUCACUGACCACAUCACUGUCCCGGAUGCUAUGAAGCUGGAGUUCAUUCUCGCUGAGGAAGACUUCCUGGUCUCCCAGGCUGCUUUGUUGGAGCAGGUCAGCAACUUGCAGCCACUGCUGGACAGCACCUACAUCAGAGAUGUACCAGAACACGCCACCAAGCUGCAGCGCCUAUCACAGAUUCACAUCAAACAGCAGGACCAAACUGAAGCUCAGUCCCAGGAAGUGAAGAAACUUUUUGAGAACUACAACAAAAUGAUGUUCCUGCUGUCCAAGCAGUUCACCCAGUGGGAUGAGACCCUGAGGAAGCUGGAGGAGGCCAGGGGCAUCCGGCCUGCAGAGUAGUUACUGUCCACAGGCACGCUUGUGGUGAGGAUGGUGAUGAUGAAGACUGCACUGUGGUGGGAGUGUUAGACCAGACAAGUGUUUCAUAUGUGGCUUGUUCUUCCCCACUAGGUCAGAAUAACAAUGAGACCAAAA